AUGGCGGCCACGCUUUUUCCUCUGCUCCACGACCGCCUGCUCCUCCCAGCGACUCACCUGCGCGACGCCGCUGCAGCAGCCGUGCCUUCUUCCUCUGAUCCACACCUGCCUGCUCCGGCUGCAACUCCGGCCAGCUCUGCUGCCUGCCCUGCGACAGAUUGCUUGGCCCUACCCACAAACAACUGGCCGAUGGGGGCGGCGGUGCCUCCUCAGUGCCUGCACGCUAGGGGGCCCCACGAGGCAGAGGCGCCGCACCGGCCAACCGCGUCGCGUGCGUGA